AUGUGUUCAACAGCGGUAUAUAGGAUGUCAGCGCCAAAUAACGAGACGAAGGGCGAAAAAGUUUGUGUUCCACGAAAUUUCUAUCUUCUUGAUGAACUUGAGCAGGGACAAAAGGGGUCUCAGGAAGGUAGUAUCAGUUGGGGAUUAGAAAAUAUGGCUGAUGCAACACUUACCAAAUGGAACGGAAUGAUUCUCGGUCCUACUCGAACUCCUUUCGAAAAUCGUAUUUAUGAUUUGCGGAUCGAAUGUGGACCAAAGUAUCCAGAUAUCCCUCCAACAGUUAGGUUUGUCACUAAAAUACGUAUGCACGGAGUAAAUGAGAAUACUGGUGAAGUUGAUCCUCGAAUGUUCUCUACUCUGUCUAACUGGACUCGUGGAUACUGCAUACGUCAUGUGCUACUGGAUGUCCGCAAGAAAAUGUCUGCAUCUGAAAAUUCAAGACUUGCUCAGCCACCAGAAAAUUCCACUUUCUGAUUCAUUUUCAUCCGUUUGUUUGCUAGAUUUUCUAAUAGUAGACAAAUGGAUGAUAUUUAUAAAGUUAUCACUUUGCUUCCUAAGAUCCUCAUUUUGGUACAAUGAAACUGUUCAAAAUUCUCUCUAUCGAGAUCCGUGUAUUGGUCUUUCCCUCAGCGGUCUUUAUGUAUCUAUACUUGUCUGGCUUUUAAAUACUAAAUCUGUUGUGAAGUUUAAUCUGUACUGUUGGAUAGUUAUGGUUGCAAUAUUUUUAUACCAGUAGACAGUUUGUUGUUUUCUUUUCGGGUCCCGGAUUAAUCAUAAACUUAGUCAAGGCAUUUGAUGUAUUUAUGCGAUGCAUAUGAAAGCUAUACUUUUCGCUUAUACGGUGAAAAUCUUGUUUUCAGUUAUCGCUUUUUGCAGCUAUCCGCCAAUUAAGAUGGAUCAUCUACGGAUUGUGUGAUUUUCCGAUUAUCAGUCUAGACUCUUUAAUAGUUUUGUAUUCACAACGCUGGCUGUUUGAUUUACAUCUUUUCGUUGUGCUUUGAUUUUUUUUAUGAUAAACAAGAUAACGUUUUUUAACCCAUGUUUCACUAAUUGCUUAGUUAAAUCCAUUUCUUUGUACAAAAUAAUUAGUCAGGUUUUGCAGCUUCAUGAAGCCAUCUGUGGAUGUUUUUUAUCUUUUAUAUAUAUAACAGCUCACUCGUCAA